GAAGUGCUCCUGCCCCAGGAGGAGGCCCAGCACAGAGGGAGGAAGGACAGCAGAGCUCACACUUCAGACAGCAGUGCUUGUGAGCCUUUCUGGAGCAGAAACUCUUCUCUCACAGGGAGGGACACAGCAGGCAGCAGGCACCAUGGAGCCCCCCUCAGCCCCUGCCCACAGAGGGCAUGUCCCCUGGCACAGGCUCCUGCUGGCAGGCUCACUCCUAACCUUCUGGAACCUGCCCACCACUGCCCAGAUCACUAUUGAAUCAGUGCCCUUCAAUGCUGUGGAAGGGACAAGUGUUCUUCUACUUGUCCACAAUGUGACAGAGAAUAUUCUAGGCUACUGCUGGUACAAAGGAGAAAGGGUAGAGACCAACCAGUUAAUCGUAUCAUGUAGAGUGGACGCUCAAGCAAAUACCCCAGGGCCUGCACAGAGCAGUCGAGAGACAAUCUACCCCAAUGGAUCCCUGCUGUUCCAGAAGGUCGCCCAGAGUGACACAGGAAACUACUACACCCUACUUGUCACAAAGAGAGAUAAUCAGACUGAAAGUGUGACUGGACAACUCCGUAUAUACCCGGUGUUACCCAGGCCCGUCAUCACCAGCAACAACCCCAACCCCAUGGAGCACAAGGACACUCUGGUGUUAACAUGUGAACCUGAGACUCAGCACACAACCUACAGGUGGUGGAUCAACAACCAGAGCCUCCCCAGCAGCACCAGGCUGGACCUGUCCAAGGACAACAGGACACUCGCUUUAGUCAGCAUCAAAAGGAAUGACACAGGACCCUAUGAGUGUGAAAUCCAGAACCCAGGGAGUGCCACCUACAGUGACCCAUUCACCCUGAAUGUUACAAAUGGCCCAGGCACUCCCACCUUUUCCCCCUCAGACUCCUAUGAUCAUCGAGGCAACCUCAGCCUCUCCAGCCGAGUAGCCUCUAACCCAUCCGCUCUGUUCUUACUUAUCUCUGGGAGGCCCCAGCAGUCACACGGGACCUUUAUCCUCAACAUCACUGCAAAUGAUAGUGGAUUCUAUAGCUGCCUUGUCCAUAACUCUGUCACUGGCCUCAGUAAAACCACAGUCAAGACUAUCACAGUCUCUGGUAAGUGA